AUUUUGUGCUGAAAUAUCUUCAAAAAUAAGAAAAAUUUAAUUCAUAUUUCUCCCGUUGCGUACGGGACGUAAAACUAUAUACCACACUCUGGCGGAAUAUUCUAGAACUAAAUUAAACAGUCAACUGGUACUCUGAAGUCCUAGGCAAGGUUAACACGUUUCGUGCACAGAAUCCAUCGAUGGUGUUUUCAGAAAAUCAAAUGGACGCAUUGUGGUUUUAGCGGCGCGUGGCUGCGAUGUGUGAUGCGUCCUGCAGCAGCAAACAAAAGAACGAUCCUUUAACUACGCAGGACCUGCAAACACAGCGACAGUAAUCAUGCACAAGCUCAAGUCGUCGCAGCGCGAUAAAGUGAAGAAGUUCGUCUCAUUUACACAGACUGGUGAAAGCACAGCAAUCUAUUGUCUUGCUGCAAAUGACUGGAAACUAGACCUUGCCAGUGACAACUAUUUCCAAAAUCCCGAUGCUUACUACCGUGAGCCUAAAUGCGUCGAUCGGAAAAAGUUGGACACUCUUUAUGCGCGAUACCGAGACACUACCGAUCAUGAAAAAAUCACUGCUGAUGGUGUGAUGCAGUUACUGGAUGAUCUCGGCUUACCACCGGAGAGUAAAAGAGUCCUGAUUAUCGCGUGGAGGUUUAAAGCCGCCACACAAUGCGAGUUCACUCGGAAGGAAUUUAUUGAAGGCAUGAUUGCACUUGAUUGUGAUGACAUUGACAAGUUGGCUACCAAACUGGGCCAGCUGGAGGAUGAAUUGGAAACAUCUCCAGCACUAUUCAGAGACUUUUAUCAUUUUACUUUUAACUAUGCAAAGAACUCGACUCAGAAGGGCCUGGAUUUGGAUGUGGCGAUUUUCUACUGGAAUAUUGUACUCAAAAGCAAAUUUAGGUUUCUGCAGUUAUGGUGCACAUUCGUGCAGGAACAUCACCAGAAAUCAAUACCCCGCGAUACGUGGAACCUUCUGCUGGAUUUUGCCGGCCAGAUAUCAGACGACCUAAGCAAUCACGAUGAGGAAGGCGCAUGGCCCGUUCUUAUCGACGAAUUCGUCAUCUGGGCGCAGUCGAACCUCAAUUCGGUCUCCUCGACGACGAAAUCCAAGUACCCUGACGAUGGCGGCGGCUCUGAGCUUAGCUAGAUUUGUUGUUACAUCUAUAGCGUUAUGAUUAAUAUCAAGUUUGAUUGUUUGCGCUUUUCUCCGCUCGUACAAAAAAGAAACCACCAACUUAUCAAACAACAAAAGAAGUUUAUAAUAAUAUCUCGGCAAUUAGUUGAUAAAAAAAAAACCUGCGAAUUUCGUUAAUUGUUAAAACAAGAAAUUAGUUGAUGUUGUAAAUAUUAAUGUAAAAUGAAGUGUUUAAGCAAAAAUUGGCCGGAUUCGUUGCGACUUUAAACUAUUUACAAUUUACGGGAUUUUCACAUUGAAAAUGAUGCAUGGAGGAAGCAUGUUGUACAUUGUUAAAUUGUUUACUCGUGCGGGAUUGUGUAUCUUUCACUGUAUGUUGUUUAUUUGUAAUUUACUUUAGUCCAGAGCGCAGUAAACAAGAAACAGAAUGCGGUACCAAUAACCAGAAACGAGAAUGCGAAUAAAAUUUACUUUUUGAAAUAAAAAAUAUUAAAACAAACCAAAAA